AUUCCUCUUCUCAAUUGCCAGUCGCAAAAUCAGACGAUGCAGCUUCUGAUCACACCAAAUCGAAGAGGUCAUAGACUCAGAGGUGUAUAUAAGAGAACCCAUCCUCCUCGUUUCUUUCAUCGAUCCUCACACUCCGAAUCAUUCUAGGCUCUCCUCCCUCCUUUGUUUCUCUACUUGGUGCGGUGGGAGACUGGGAGUGUACCAUGGCGGCUCACGGGCUUCUCGGCCUCCUCGCGCUCGCCGUGCUCCUCGCCGCGGCUGACGCCGGCGUGACGAGCGCGUAUCGGCGGAAGCUGGAGGCCACCGCGGACAUGCCGCUGGACGCCGACGUCUUCCGCGUGCCGCCCGGCUACAACGCUCCGCAGCAGGUGCACAUCACGCUGGGCGACCAGACGGGCACGGCGAUGGCGGUGUCGUGGGUGACGCCCGACGAGCCGGGCAACAGCACGGUGGCCUACGGCCGCUCGCCGGAGAAGAUGGUGCUCUCGGCGCGGGCCACCCUGACGCGCUACAGCUACUACAACUACACGUCCGGGUUCAUCCACCACUGCAACCUCACCGGCCUCGAGCACGGCGUCAAGUACUACUACGCGAUGGGGUUUGGGCACACGGUGAGGACCUUCUCCUUUACCGCCCCGCCCAUGCCCGGCCCCGAUGUGCCCUUCAAGUUUGGACUCAUCGGUGACCUAGGCCAGACGUUCGACUCCAACAGCACGGUGUCGCACUACGAGGCCAACGCCGGCGACGCGGUGCUAUUCGUCGGCGACCUGUCCUACGCCGACAACUACCCGCUCCACGACAACAACCGCUGGGACACCUGGGCGCGUUUCGUCGAACGCAGCGUCGCCUACCAGCCCUGGCUCUGGGCCGCCGGCAACCACGAGCUCGACUACGCUCCAGAUAUCGGCGAGACGACGCUCUACAAGCCCUUCACGCACCGGUACCCGACGCCGUACCGUGCCGCCGGAAGCACGGAGCCCUUCUGGUACUCCGUCAAGAUCGCCUCCGCGCACAUCAUCGUGCUCGCCUCCUACUCUGCCUAUGGCAAGUACACGCCCCAGUGGCUGUGGCUCAGCCAGGAGCUUGGGCGCGUUGACAGGAAGACGACGCCGUGGCUCAUCGUGCUCCUGCACUCUCCCUGGUACAACAGCAACAACUACCAUUACAUGGAGGGGGAGACCAUGCGGGUGCAGUUUGAGCGGUGGCUCGUCAAUGCCAAGGUCGAUGUCGUCCUCGCUGGCCAUGUCCACUCCUACGAGCGUAGCCGCCGAUUCUCCAACAUUGAGUACGACAUCGUAAACGGCAAGUCCACACCGGCGCAUAACCUGGACGCGCCGGUCUACAUCAACAUAGGCGACGGAGGCAACAUCGAAGGCAUCGCUGACAACUUCACGAAGCCGAUGCCAGCAUACUCAGCAUUCAGGGAAGCGAGCUUCGGGCACGCGACACUGGAAAUCAAGAACCGAACGCAUGCUUACUAUGAGUGGCACCGUAACCACGACGGUGCAAAGGUCACCGCAGACUCUGUGUGGCUCACUAACAGAUAUUGGAUGCCUACCGACGACUCAAACUGAUCAUCUCACAUCAUUUAUCGACAUUGGACAAAAUCGUUCCUAAAAUUUCAGAUGACAAAACCUGUGUAAUCUCCUUGUUUUUUCUAUUAAUUUGUCAGGAAGAAAAAGUGUUAUUUCAGGUCACAAGAUAAAAUAGAGAGAAAAGUUUAUUUUGCCAA